UGGUAAAAUGUUUCAUACAAAAAAAAAAGUCUGAACUUUGUUUCUGGCAAUAAAAAUAUAAAUAAAAUAUUAAUGAAAAGAUUAUUUAUUUUUUUUGUCUUUUAUAAAUUAAGUAAUUAAAUUAAUUAUAUAAAAAAAUGGCUUCUGGUAUAUUGAGAACUCCUAGAAUAAUAAAUGUACAGCCAACAAAAAAACAUACUGCCAGUUUAUUUAUUUUCCAUGGCUCUGGGAGUACUGGGAAGGAUAUAAAGGAGUGGAUAGACAUAUUGACUAGGGACGAAUUCAAAUUUCCUCAUAUCAAAAUUAUUUACCCAACUGCACCAGCUCAACCUUACACACCAUUAGGAGGAAUGCUGAGUAAUGUCUGGUUCGAUCGUAACGGAGUGAAUAUUAAAGCGCCCGAAAAUAACGAAUCAAUUGAUGCGAUAGCUAAAGCAACAUCAGAGCUGAUAAAUGAUGAAAUAAAAAACGGUAUCCCGGAGAGCAGGAUUGUCGUGAGCGGAUUUUCGAUGGGUGGUGCCUUGGCGAUGUACCUGGCGUAUAAUUACCGGCCAUCGCUAGCUGGUUGUGUUGCUAUGUCAUCAUUUCUUAAUGAAAACUCACUAGUUUACGAGGCUUUGAAAAAUAAUAUCAAAACACCUCCAUUAUUACAAUUUCAUGGACUCAAUGAUUCACUUGUGCCUUUUUCAUGGGGAGAAAAAACUCAUGAUAAUUUAAAAAAAUUAAAUGUCAAUAGUAAAUUAAUAUCAAUACCUAAUAUUGAACACGAAAUAGUUAAAUCUGAAAUAGAACAAUUUAAAGAAUGGAUUUUAAAAAUUAUUCCUGAUGUAUAAUUUGUCAUUAAUUUUUUAAUUAAUUAUUUAUUAUUAGAAUUAAUAAUAAAUAUUUUAUAAUUACUGUAUACAUAUGUAAGAUAAAUCCCCCGAUUAUUGAUACAUAAAUAUUCUACCCUAAAAUUUAUUUAUCAAACUAAAGAUCAAUAAUAAAUUUUUACUAAUUUUGUAAAAUAGUUUUUUAUUAAUAAAUCUGGGGCAUUUUAUAUGAGCACUUAAAGUUAAAUAGAGCAGUGUCAAUAAUUGGUAGCUUGUAAAUAAUAAUUAAGUUCCCUACUCUAAAUAUAUUUUGUUCGCUGCAUAAAUGUCCGCAUAAUGAAAAUAAUCAAUAGUCAAAAUUGCAUAAAAAUUUUUUACUUUUAUUAUUUUUGAAUCCGUCUCGCCCUUGAACCAAGAGAUUUAAUUAUUUAUA